UUUAUCCUAAUCGCUGCUCGUACUGGCUGCUGCCCAAGGCGAACAGCUGACAGGGCGCUUGAAGAAGAAACCGAGUGGAUGAUGUAGGCGCCGGGGAUGCGACGCAGCACGCUGCUAAAGUCUGUGCCGUGAUGAAUGUGUGUGUGUGUGUGUGCGCGCGCGUUGUGUCCUAUCAACAGUCCGGAGUGUGUGAGUCAAUGUGAUCCGAGGUGACAAUCCAGAGACAACUGUGGGAUUCAAAAUGCAGAGGGGAUGAAAGGUGAAACUUUACACUACGUUACAGUGGUCCCUAAGAAUGGCGAACUUCAGCUGUAUGGAGAGUUUAUCCAGAAGUAACCAGUGCCUCGCCGCGAAAAGCACGUCUCCCGGGGUCGCAGCCACCCUCACCGGCGUGCUCAUCUUCACCACCGUGGCUGAUAUCGUUGGAAAUCUUCUGGUCAUCCUGUCCGUGUAUAGGAACAAGAAACUGAGGAAUGCAGGUAAUAUCUUUGUGGUGAGCCUUUCUGUUGCUGACCUGGUGGUGGCGCUGUACCCCUACCCCUUAGCCCUGCUAGCUAUGUUCAAUAAUGGCUGGAAGAUGGGCUCCCUGCACUGCCAGCUGAGCGGGUUUGUGAUGGGACUGAGCGUCAUCGGCUCCGUUUUCAACAUCACGGCCAUCGCCAUUAACCGCUACUGCUACAUUUGCCACAGCUUUCGCUACGACCGCCUCUUUUCGCGCCGCAACACCUGUCUGUACCUGUUCCUCACUUGGAUGCUGACAGCUCUGGCAACUGUUCCCAACUUCCUCGUAGGUUCCCUCAGUUACGACCCGCGUAUCUUCUCCUGCACAUUCACCCAGACGGCAAGCUCAUCCUACACCAUCUGCGUCGUGAUGAUACACUUUCUGGGUCCGCUGGCCGUGGUGUCUUUCUGCUACCUGCGCAUAUGGACGUUGGUGAUCCGGGUCAAAGGUCGUGUCCGGCACAAUCCGAGGGUUAGAGCGGCACACCUGAGGAACUUCCUGACGAUGUUCGUGGUAUUCGUGCUGUUUGCCGUGUGCUGGGCACCUCUGAAUUUCAUUGGGCUUGCUGUGGCGGUUAAUCCUACAAUGGUGGCCCCAAAUAUCCCGGAAUGGCUGUUUGUUAUGAGCUACUUCAUGGCGUACUUCAACAGCUGUCUGAAUGCCGUGGUGUACGGGUUGCUCAACCAGAACUUCAGGCAAGAGUACAAACAGAUUCUUCUUGCUCUCUGUAGCCCGAGAGCGCUGUUCUCUCAAAGUUCAAGAUGCAACACGGAGGACGUAAAGAGUAAACAGUCGCCUGCGGCGACCAUUAACAAUGUGAAGGAAGUGAACGUGUUAAGGGGCGGAGUGACCCAAACUCUGUCCUAGUAUAUCUCGAAGAAGAACAGCCAAUCAGAGGCAACAGUGAAGCACCCCAAUAUAACCUCUUUGGUGGUAUAAGUGUGGCCUGUAAAAUUAAUCCGAGCUCGUAGAAUGAACACAGUAUUUUGUUUCAGUGGCCUUGAGCAUGCAAACGGACUAUGGCAGGUUGAGAAUAUGCACUUGAGUUCCUAUAGAGAUUGUUGGAUGCCAUAGCAACCAGCACUG